CAAUGUGUCAAAACAUGCCAGUCAGGAGAACAGGACUCUGAAUCUGAGCUGGUGCAGGAUGUCAAGUAGGACAGAUCCGAUCGCCGCCAGUCUAGACCACAGCGAGCUUCCUCGGCACCGGCCCGACUCCUCCACUAUGACCUAGCAACCGUGGUGUGGAUGCACCGCAUCCAAGAUCAUGGCAUUCUUCAUCGAAUUUCUUUAUGUCUCGGUGGCAUUCGUCAAUGGCUGGGCUAUCCGGAUGAUCCGGGUUUGAGGGGAUCCGGUGUUUUCACUCGCUGCUUUUUACCGUGACACCAUACACACGUUUCCCAGGACAUAUAUAUAUCCCCUUCUUUGGGGGUUUGGAGUUUCGACAAAUUCGGUGCAGUUUUAGUCUAAAUUAUAUCGGAAAUGGCUUCCGCAAUUGUAACUGGUGAUACAGGCAUCACUGGUACAAACUUGCACGCACAAGUCUGCCUCUGGGCCGCAGCGACCCCCAAGGCCGGGAAUAAUAUUUUCAACGUGACGAACGGCGACACAGAAUCAUGGCAGAAUCUCUGGCCACGUCUUGCAGCCCGUUUUGGAUGCAGAACCCCCAACCCUAUGUUCCCGAACGGCGGAGCGGCGGAUACAAAGGGGUAUAAAGACUACGAAUCAUCUAUCGCCAGGAUGCCAAACAAGCACCCCCUAUCCGCCCGCGCAGCAAAUAUCGGCGUAUCGUCCGACCCAUCAAAAGAAGAUUCGCCCACGCUAUUUUCCCAAAUUGACCCGCAGAAAUGUUCUGCGUGGGCUGACGUGAAUAAUGCUUGGGGGAAGGUUCGCGAUAAGUACGGUCUUGACCAGACGACAUGGGACAAGGACACCUGUGACUUUAUUGCCUUUGCACUUGGGAGAGACUGGAGUUGUGUGGGAAGUAUGAGCAAGGCCAGAAAGCUUUGUUGGAACGGAUACGCGGAUACUUGGGAUGAAUUGGUCGAGGUGUUUGAAGCCUUGGAGAAAGAAGACAUUCUGCCGCCUGCUGAGCGAUUGAAGGCUGAUUUUUAA